UAUUGGUUUACUCCCGAGUUUCGGCAGAGCCCAUCAAUUGCUGAAUGAAGAUGGCGGAAUUGUACGGGAUGCGGUCAAACAGAUUUUAAACUUACCGUUUUGAAAUAUUUUAGUUAUCGUCCAGUUCCUUCUGGAGGGUGUUUCGAAGACGCGUGUAGUGGUUCACCUUUCCAUACUGAUGGACUGUUAGAGUGAAAAUUCAAAGGAAACCCGAGACGCUCAGACCGGAUAGGCCAGAGGACGUCUCCCGUGGCAACAAGGUGUGCACUUGCCUCUCAGGAAUGACCCGGCUAGGGCCCAGUCGAGGUCUGGGUUCAGCAUUGCUGAGCAGCACUGGGACAUUGUGGACCACAUACAAGAUGGACGCCAAUCGGAGGUGUUGCUGAAACUCAGAAAGGGGAGUCGGGUGGGAGGGAGAGCGCUCCCCACUGCUACAGGAGAAUAGCCCCCUUGUGUUUGUGUGUGUGCUUGCAUUUGUGCUGGUGUGUGUGCGUUUGCUUCGGCUCGGCAAACGAGGGACUUGGAGAGGGAGGAGGGAGGAGAGGGACCGCUUGACCUGCGUCAAGGAGGGGAGGGAGGGAGAGGAGGAGUGGCCGGGAGAGAGAAACCCGAAUCCUCUUAGGGAAACGGAGGAGGGGAGUCUGAGAGCGAGGGGCAGAACGAGAGACCGGCGUGCCUCGGGCACUUCCACACCGGAGCUGGAGAGCAACGAUAAGGUCCGGAGCCUGGAGGAGAGGCAGGACGCCGCGGCGCACUUGGGCAGAGACGUUUGCGACGGAGAGGGCGCGCGAGAGAGAGAACGACAAGCCGCCGGCGCGUCACUGGCUAUGGGGGCCAUGGUGACCUAGCGUAAAUGGCUGUUCCUGAGCAGAACCUAGUGCCAGUGUCUGCCGCUCGACCCUGCUCUUCCUCCCCCGGCCCCCUCCGCUGGGUCCCGCCCGCGCCCCUCCCCCGCCAUCCCCGCCCGCGCGCGCCCCGCCGCCAUGGUGGGAGGCUGCAAGCUGCUGCGGAGCGUCAGGCAGCUGGAGCUCCACCGCCUCAUCCUGGCCCUCAUCGUCUUCUGCCUGCUCUCCAUGGCCUUCCUGGCCUACUACGUCAGCAACAGCCCCAAGAUCAAGGAGGCGCCGCCCAUGCCCUUCAGUGACUGCGGGGCGGCGGCCGGCGCCGGGGGUCAGAGGGCGCCCCUCUUCCUCCCCGCCCAGGCCAGCCGCCGCUUCGUCAAGGCCGUGGACAACUCGCGCACGGAGCCCGUGGUGCUGGUGUUCGUGGAGAGCAUCUACUCCCAGCUGGGCCAGGAGAUCGUGGCCAUCCUGGAGUCCAGCCGCUUCAAGUACCGGACCGAGAUCGCGCCGGGGAAGGGCGACAUGCCCACCCUGACGGAGCGUGACCGCGGCCGCUACGCCCUGGUCAUCUACGAAAACGUCCUGAAGUACGUCAACCUGGACGCCUGGAACCGCGAGCUGCUGGACAAGUACUGCGUGGAGUUCGGCGUGGGCGUGAUCGGCUUCUUCAAGGCCAACGAGAACUCGCUGCUCAGCGCCCAGCUCAAGGGCUUCCCCCUGUUCCUGCACUCCAACCUGGGCCUGAGGGACUACCGCAUCAACCCCGCCGCCCCGCUGCUCUACAUCACCCGGGCCAACGAGGUGGAGCAGGGCCCCCUGCCCGGAGACGACUGGACCGUCUUCCAGUCCAACCACAGCACCUACGAGCCGGUGCUGCUGGCCAGCACCAAGUCGUCCGAGUCCCUGGCGCCCCACCUGGGCCCCCACCGGGCGGUGCACGCCACCGUGGUGCAGGACCUGGGCCUUCACGACGGCAUCCAGAGGGUGCUCUUCGGCAACAACCUCUCCUUCUGGCUCCACAAGCUCAUCUUCGUGGACUCCAUCGCCUACCUGACGGGCAAGCGGCUGUGCCUGUCCCUGGAGCGCUACCUGCUGGUGGACGUGGACGACAUCUUCGUGGGGAAGGAGGGCACCCGCAUGAAGCGCUCGGAUGUGGAGGCCCUGCUCAACACUCAAAAUAAGCUGCGAACACUUGUUCCCAAUUUCACGUUCAACCUGGGCUUCUCCGGAAAGUUCUACCACACGGGCACGGACGAGGAGGACCGGGGGGACGACAUGCUCCUGUGGCACAGGAAGGAGUUCUGGUGGUUCCCCCACAUGUGGAGCCACAUGCAGCCGCACCUGUUCCACAACGUCACCGUGCUGGCCGAGCAGAUGAGGCUCAACAUGCUGUUCGCCCAGGAGCACGGCAUCCCCACCGACAUGGGGUACGCUGUGGCCCCCCACCACUCCGGGGUGUACCCCGUUCACACCCAGCUCUAUGAGGCCUGGAAGUCUGUGUGGGGCAUCAGGGUGACCAGCACUGAGGAGUACCCCCACCUGAGGCCCGCCCGCUACCGCCGUGGGUUCAUCCACAGCGGGAUCCGGGUUUUGCCCAGACAGACGUGUGGUCUCUUCACUCACACCAUCUUCUACAAUGAAUACCCUGGAGGCUCUAGAGAGCUGGACAAGAGCAUCCGAGGAGGGGAACUUUUCCUCACCGUCCUCCUAAACCCUAUCAGCAUAUUUAUGACCCACCUGUCUAACUACGGGAACGACCGGCUGGGCCUGUACACCUUCGAGUCCCUGGUGAAGUUUGUGCAGUGCUGGACCCACCUGCGGCUGCAGACCCUGCCCCCGGUGCAGCUGGCCGACAAGUACUUCCACAUCUUCCCCGAGGAGAGGGACCCCUUGUGGCAGAACCCCUGUCAUGACAAGAGACACAAGGACAUCUGGUCCAAGGAGAAGACCUGUGACAGGCUGCCCAAGUUCCUGGUGAUUGGCCCGCAGAAAACAGGCACGACGGCUCUUCACUCCUUCCUGACGCUUCACCCGGCCAUCACCAGCAACUUCCUCAGCCCCGUCACCUUCGAGGAGAUCCAGUUCUUCAACGGGCCCAACUACCACAACGGCAUCGACUGGUAUAUGGAGUUCUUCCCCUUUCCCUCCAAUGCCAGCACAGACUUCAUGUUUGAGAAGAGCGCCAACUACCUGGACUCUGAGGUGACGCCCCGGCGAGCAGCCGCCCUGCUGCCGCGAGCCAAGAUCCUGGCGCUGCUCAUCAACCCCGCGGACCGGGCCUACUCCUGGUACCAGCACCAGCGGGCACACCAGGACCCUGCGGCGCUGAACCACACCUUCCAGCAGGUGGUGACAGCGGGUCCGUCCGCCUCCCCGGAGCUCCUGUCCCUGCAGCGCCGCUGUCUGGCCCCCGGGGCCUACGCCCUGCACCUGGAGCGCUGGCUUCAGCACUACCAGCCCAGCCAGCUGCUGAUAGUGGACGGCUCGCAGCUGAGAUCCAACCCUGCGCUGGUCAUGGAGGGCGUGCAGAGGUUCCUGGGAGUCACGCCCAUCUUCAACUACACCCAGGCACUCGCCUUCGACGAGAGCAAAGGGUUCUGGUGCCAGAAGCUGGAGGGGGGCCGCUCCAAGUGUCUGGGAAAGAGCAAAGGCAGGAAGUACCCCGACAUGGCGCCGGAGGCACGGUCCUUCCUGGCGGAGUACUACCGCCAGCACAACAUGGCGCUGCUGAAGCUGCUGAACCGGCUGGGCCAGAGCCUCCCCGCCUGGCUGAGAGAGGAGCUGCAGGGAGCCAGCUGGAGCUGAGAGCCGACCGCAGCAGGACUGCAGCUCGACCGCAGCACGACCGCAACGCAGGGGCCGAGGAACCGGGGGGGAGGAGGGGCGGGGGCGGUUCAUCACCCGCCCCACACAAACCGCUGCAGAGGAGCAGGCCUACGUCAUCCCGUCAAGAGCACAGAUGGAGGAAUCGGUGGAGGGACAAAGGGAGGGAUGGGCGGAGCGUUUUGUUAAGAAGGGCUUUGAUGGUGGAGAUUGAAGAAAGACUGAAGACGUAUUGCCCCUGCAGCUUUUUGUGAACAGCUUUGUCCAUCUGUCAUUGGUCAGACUGUGUUUUCCAGCACCGUGAUUGGGCAACAGGUGGAUGAAAUCCUGAACACACCCCACACCCCCUCACCACCACCCCCUUCACUGGGAGCCAGCCAAUCAGGUCUUGGCCAGAUGCGAAACGUUACCGGCUGAUAGGAUGAACUGGAGCCUUCAGCCUGGCCACACCCUUGUUUGUUUCAUUUCUUCAGAAGAAUGAUUGUGAAGCGUUGUACAUUUCUACGAUGGGUGGUAUAUUUUGGGAUGGGGUGGGUGGGAGAGGACUUGCUGCGAAGGGGACACUGUGGGAUACACUCACCACUACCAGAGACCACAUACACACACACACACACACACACACACACACACACACACACACACACGCACGCCACAACCUGGCCACUCUGUGAGAUGUAUGCAUACACACACACACACACACACACACGACACAGCCUGGCCACUCUGUGAGACACACACAUACACACCUUACCUACCUAGCUACCAACCUACCUACCUGCUGCAACCCGGCCGCUCUCUAGGGCACACACUCUGAAGACAAGGACUUACUGGACUAUGACAUACUCUAUAUACACACACACACACACACACACACACACACACACACACACGCACACAUAUAUACACACCCGGACACCUGCAUAUACAUACAUACAUACAUACAUACAUACCCAGGCCCAGGUGUGGUCUUACAGAAACUGCUUGGACAGAGGGAAGACGGGCCCCCACACAGACCAAUGACCUGAGCUGCUGGAGGGAGAGGGGGCCCCACGUCUGAAACUGGGGGGGCGUCCAUCGUAAGAGGAGCUGCUGCCUUGGUUUGUGUUCAUUUUGUAAAGACUGUCUUAAAACUAAGAAGAAAAAAACAUUACCGACACAGUAUGGUCUCUAAUAAAGGCAUAGGAAGGUCA